AAAUAAGACCUGCAGUCCCUCCGGCGGCCAGAGGGGGGCGUCCGGUUUCUCAGCUGGGCCUGCCUAAUCGACUUAUCUCCAUCUCGCGCGAAAGAGCACCGCCGAGCCCGCGGAGGGAAGACGAGAAGAAACAGAGAAGGAGACCGACGAGGACGACGAGAAGCGAAAAAAAGAAAAGGGAACUGCCAGCGACACAGAACAACAUCCCUUCAUCAUCUCAUGUAAAUCAACCCCUGCGCGACUGCUGGCAGCCGCCAAACCCGGAUCCCGAGUCGCCCGCAACAACCACCCGCCUCGGACCAAGUGACCCGUCCGGCGCAACGACGUCGACGCAGCAGACAUGGCGCUCAACGGAUACACCAUCGUGCGCCGCAAGUGGCGGUCCAGGAAGCCUCUCUGGUUCCUCAUGAUCGCGGAGCUUGCCCACCUCAUCCCGCUGCUGGUGCUCUUCGGCAUCGCGCAGCCCGAUGUCUUCCGCACACUCAUGUGGAGGAUCGGCUACGCCGAGAAGCUCAACUCGAACCCCAACCUCAUCCUCUACGCCUAUGCCAACUUUGAGCCCAUCCCCAAGAUCCCGUUCAGGUGGUCGCAAGAGCUCACCGAGUUCAACGUCGCCAUCUCCGUCGUCUCGCUCUUCUACCUCCUGAGCAAGUUGAUCCUCACCAUCAUGAAGCUCUACUACCCAAUCGUGGGUGUCGUCACCAGCACCAUCAUGGUCGCGCUCUACACCACCAGCGUCUACGGCCAGGCCGGCCCCGACUACCUUGAUCCCCGCUACCCUAGCCCUCUCCCUUGGUACUUGACACACAGCUGCGAUCUGGCCGGGCGCUACAACGCCGGCAAGACUUGCCAGAUUGUCAAGGGCACCUUCGGCGCCACCGUCACGUCGCUGGCCGUUUACACUAUUGGCCUCGGAUUUGCCAUUUACAACAUGAUCCCGCUCAAGAGUGACGCCAAGGUGGUGGACGAGGAUGAAGAGAACACCUCGCAAACCAGCUCACCUGAAGAGAGCAAGGAGACCUGGGAGAUGCAGCCGCAGACACCCAGGGGGGUGCCCUUCACGCCUAGGACACAGGCCUUCCACACGCUCGACAGAAAAUUGCCAUUUAGGCAGUACGCCUGAGCAGGGCGCUGAGUUUACUUUGAAAAGAAUAAUCAACAAAAAAAAAACACUGAAAAAAAAGACUCCUCAGCUGGUCGGAUAGGAAUAGUGUCUUUUAUAUUCUCAGGUGUUAGAGUAUUUCCUUAAUGUCUUGCCUUUCUUGUUUCUUCUCCUAUCAUGGGUCUAUAUCUGGGAUCUACUCUUUAACGCGGUGUUUCCUCCUGAAACCAGAGGACGGAAACCAACAACCUGGGCGGAAUGGGCAGUAGCAACGGCAAUGGCGGAUAUCCGGACGAUUGACUAUUCAUGUUUCCGUCAGUGUGCGUGAGCGCCAGCUGCUCGCCCUUUGUAUUUCUUUGUACAAUAUACCAAGGGGCUUUUACAGCUUCACUUUGAGCCUUUGCUCAAUAUUCAUACACUUCAUGACA